AUGCGGACUGGUUCCAAAAACCUCAGCUCUCCAGUCUCCCCCGGCGAGGCUGGUGGUGAUGACGUCUUGCUUGCUGUCAAGAAGUCGUACCAAUGCUCAACUUGUUCCCGAGAGUUUUCCCGUCCUGAUCACCUGCGGAGACACGCCCUGAGUCAUACCGGUGCGAGGCCGUAUUCAUGCCUCUACUGUGGCCAAAGGUUCGUAAGGAGUGAUCGUCUGCGGGAUCACUACGAUAACUGCGGAACGAGGGGCGACCGCGAGAUCCCCAAAGGCGGCCAGAGAGGCAGGCGUCGGCGCGCUUGCGCAGCGUGCACAGCGUCGAAGCUGCGAUGCGAAGGUGGCACGCCCUGUAAUGGCUGUCGGAGGAGGAAUCUGGCCUGCGACACCUCACGAAUCGCUCGACCGCAACGGCCGGCAAGUACCACGGGCGCUGCGGACGACAGCCAGGCGGCCGAUUCUGCGAGCGAUGCAAGAUCCAUCAAGGCCCUUCUCGACAACGGCACCCAAAGUUUCACAGAAAAGUUCAACCUCCCCUUUUUUCAUGACGAGACGGGAGAUGUUGGUGCCCCCCCGCAAGCGCCCCGCGCAAAUCCAUCGUUGGACUACGAGGGUCUUGCCGACUUUGAAAGCCAGCUUCACCUCAGCCUUGGGCCGUCCGAGGGUUUUGAAUUACUGCUGAAUUCAGUAUCAGACUUUUGGACCGGACCUUUUGGCACCACGCAGCCAUGGGUGAACGACGUCGACGAGGGGGACUUGGUCUGGCUCGUUCGUGAGAAUGUCCCCAACAUGUUUCAACAACCUGCCCUGGGUCAGGAGAGCAAGGCCGAGACGCCUCAAAUAACCGCGUUGCGAGACGUCUUGUUGCGCACCGCCCAACAACUUCAUCUCCACCCCAGUUCCUUGGACGAGAUGACCGCCAUCAUCGGGUUUCUGUGCUGCCAGCCAAAGAUAGAUGCCUUUGUCGGCUUGUUUUUCCUCAACUGGCACCCCAACGGCCCAGUCUUACACCCCCCCUCCUUUGAUACGGAGCUUGUGCCAACCGAGCUGCUCAUUUCCGUCAUUGCCCUUGGCGCCAUGUAUUCUCACGACAAGGCCGAGCGUCUAGCGGCGCGCAAGCUUCUCAACAUUGCCGAGCUGGUCAUCUUCUCGGCAGAGGUGUUUGCCGCGGCCCAUGAAAUCAAGCACCCCUCGGACGAGUCGACCCACAACGAGUUGGAUUGGCAUCAGUUUCAGCAGAUCCAGGCAGGCUAUCUGAUCACGACGGUGCAAUACUGGGCCGGCACGCGGCAGGCCAAAAGCCGCGCCAUGGAAACUCGCUUCUGCGAGCUUGUCAAGGCUGCCCGGAAAUCCGGAUUGACGCAGGUUCAACACCUCCCGCAGGAUCGAAUCUCUGAGGAGUUGUGGAUUCGCAAAGAGACGCAAGUACGGACAAUCAUCAUGAUACGGCUGCUAGACUGCGCAUUUCUCUUCUUCUCGAAUUAUCCGUGCAAGCUCGCAUUCUCCGAGCUAGAACACGACCUCCCGUGCGAAAACGCCGUCUUCAAUGCAAAGCACCCCUUUGCCGAAGAAAACUUCCGCUUCCGCCGCGGCUCAACCACCGCGGAAGCCUUUGAAGAGCUGUUCCGGGAGCAGUCGAACCCACCGCCCGCCCAGCGACAGUGCGACGUGGAGUCUUGUGUAAACUAUGGCUCCCGCACCGUUGUGGAUUUGUUCCUGACGAUUCACUUGCUCUACGUCUUUAUACGUGCAAACAUGCUCCUGCGUCGUCCUCUAGGCGCCGCCAUGGGCCAGCGGCGGCAGAACCCGGCGUCUGAGCAGCCCGCGUGGGCAGAGGGCGUUGAUCAAAUCACGGCGGCGGCGCGACACGCGCUCAAGCGCUGGCGCUCGUCGUGGCUGGCGGUCCGGGCUAAUACUCGGCAGGACGUGUGGCGGGCUUCUGGCAUGCACAGGAAUGCAUACAACUUUUGGCUCGUGGCGCAUUUGUUGAUUGAGAAGAAUGAGGCUCUGGAUUUGGUCAAGAGGAUCGAGGUCCAGUGUGAAGACUCGCUGCAGUCUCUCAAGCUCCUCUUGUAG